CGUUUGCAGUUGACCUGACCUCCACCAAACAUCAAAACAUUUUGCGAUAGCCUUUACUUGGCUGGUUGUUGAGAGAUAACAGCUCUCAACUUCAACAGUUCCACUUUCACUACGCAGAUUCACGAAAGUUAUCGACAUCAUUGCCAACAAAAUGCGUACACUCUCAGCACUGAUGUUGCUCUUAAUGUUUGUGCAUGCAAGCAAUGGUUUAAACCCUUGCUCUUCAGCAAAAAUGUGGGGGGCUUACAACGAAAUGAAAGCCGCCAAUUGCCGAAACUGCGACCGUUAUUUUCAUUGCAUCGGAAACUAUCGAGCCGUUUAUCAAUGUACUGGCCUGUUGAGAAGAUCCACUGCCAGCUUCAUCAGCAACAUGCGUGAAUGGACCGAUGGAUUUAGGGAUUCGGGAAAUAAUUCAGCAGAGGACCAGAAAGCCAACAACCACGGCCGCCAUGGCAGAGAUUGCGGCAUCUACCUGAGGAACGUGGGAUGCGCUUACCGACCAAGUAACAAAAAAUGCCACUGGUAAGGCUUUUUUCAAACAUAACUAUAACGUAGCUAACAUGUAAUGUGUAGUUAUUAUUAUGGGCAUAUCACAGUUCACUGUAAACAUUGAUAUAUUUGACGUUCGUAUAAACCGUUAAGUGUAUUAAACUUGUUAGUUCAGUGAUAAAA